ACUGACCAUAAACAAUUUCAAAUUCAUAUCAUUACCAAAAUUUCUAAUAAAUCAAUUAAACCGUCUCACAAAAGAAAUUAUUAUUUUAAUUCAAGUUAAAAAUUAUGGUGGCAAUUAGUUGUAGAUCACGUAAAAAUGACAACAAGGUUGGGAAAUGAGAAGAUGAACCAUAUAUAAAAUUAAUAAUCAUGGCUUGAUAGUCUUAUUUUACGUUAAAAUUCUUUAUUAAUACAAACUUUUGUUGUUAAAAUAGUGAACCAGUGGACCAGUUAAACUGUGGUGGUUCAUAUGGUUUUAUGCUGAACCGUGAAAAAUCGUUUGGUUUAUCAAUAACCAUUCAAACAAUGAAACUGGGUCGCUAUCGUAAUUGGGUUGACAUUUCUACUGGCCCAAUCGUUGAUCCAAUUCGGUUCUUAUAACAAUGGUUAGUAUGCAACAUAUGUUAUACUUAAGUGACAAGUUGUGCAUUUAAUCCUAACUCCUGACAUUCUUUUUCUAUAUAUAAUAACCUAAUCAAUUUAUUAAGAGGUUUGUACCUCCUUAUCCAAACAGUUUAGGAGGAAAACCGGAGGUCUGGAAUCACAUACCUCCUCUAUUUCCCAGUUACAACGGAUAUGGGCCAUGAUAUGGGCCGACUCAUUCCAAGCCCAUUUUAUAAAUUCCCAUCUGAUAGGCCCCAAUCGAUGGGCUUCGGCUUGUAGUUCUUUGAUCAUUUGACCCGACUCCAGUCUUGUUUGACUCUUCCAUUGGAGAGCAUUGGCCAUCAGCUGACCAUCCAUUUCCACCACCUCCUGACGAUGCCCACUCCUUUCCAGCUGCUUCACACCAAAUUCCACUGCCUUGAUCUCUGCGAUUUUUGGUGUCCAGCAACUCCGCUCCCGUCACAUUGCUGCUCUCAGAAACGCUCCAUGCCCAUCACACAUAACCAUCCCAAACCCUGUCCCCUCCCCCUUCAUUACCGCAGCGUCGAUGUUCACCUUAACCCAUCCACUCGACGGACGCUUCUAGGUAAUUACCCCCACCUCUCGCUCUUGCUUUUCUUGCCGGUGAUAGGAGGUGAAAUCUUCACGAAAAAUGUAAUUUUGGGACUCUUCAAGAUGACAAAAUGAGCAUUUUAUUGCUGCUUGCUUCUUUCUAGCUUCAAUAUUCUUCCCAGUUUGUAGGAUAUUGUUGAUUAGCCGCCAGAGGAAGAUCUUAAUCUUCCCGGGGAUGCUAAGCUGCCACAUUCUUUUCCAAUUCAUGGGGUCAUAAGCCUCCACUUCUGACUCCACCUCCUCUUCCCAGUCUUCUCCCUCCUGUACCACAGUCUCUAGGGUAGGUUUGCAGCUCUUGUGAGGUAGCCUAUAAGUUGUCUUGACUGAGUAUGUCCUUGUUCUUUCAUAGCUCCACUCUGAACAUCUUCAACUUGUUGUCUAGGUAUAGGGAUUCCCGUUAUAUGCUCUCGAUCUAUGGGAUUGAAAUAGUGCUGCAAUAAGUUGUGUUUCCACACUCUGCCUUCAUGAUCAAUGAAGUCAGACACUACUCGAACCUCAUUAGUGUCCACAGCAGGUGUCACAAUCUAAAAAUCAUUCUCCUCUGUCCCUGGAAGCCACCUUUCUCCCUAUACCUUUACACUCGUACCGUUACCAAUCCUCCACCGUAGGCCACUUUUUACCAAGUCUUGUGCAGCCAGAAUACUUCUCCAUGUGUAGCUUGGAUUUGUCCCUAGUUUUGCCAGCAGAACAUCGGUGUUAGGGUAAUACUUUGCUUUCAAUAUUCUUGCUAUGAGGGAUUCUAGAUUGGUUAGAGCAUCUCCAUUGGACUUGCAAUUAGAAUUGCAUUAUGAAAUGGCAUUCAUUUGCAAUUGCAUUGAUGUAGAUGACAAUUGCAUCUUUGCAAGCUUGCAUAUAAUGCAAUUAUGGAAUGCAAGCCACAUCAUCUUUUGUAUUAUUAAAUUAUUCAUUAAUUUUAAUAUUUGAGUGUUUAUGUUUUAAUAAAUUAAAUAAAUAAAUUAGUUGCAAUUGCAAGUUAAUUGCAUUGAUGUGGUGGAAUGCAAGUAAGAUGAGUUGGAUUGCAAAAAAAUGAAGUAACAAUAAAAAAAACAAAUGCAAUUGCAAAUGCAAUUGCACCAAUGGAGAUGCUCUUAGAAGGUUCCAGAUUUUUUUCCCUAGUAGCACAAUAUUUAAAUCUUGUAGAUCACUUAAACCCAUUCCACCUUCUUUUUUAGGAUUACACACCUCUUUCCAUGCUUUCCAAGGAAUUCUACGUUCCUAUUUCUGCUGCCCCCACCAGAAGCUGGAUAUCGCUUUUCUCGCCUCAUUCAACACUCCGUUAGGCACCAAAAAAACAGACAUCAUGUACGUUUCUUGGGAUUGUGCCACCGCCUUAAUCAAUACUUCUUUUGCAGCUACUGGGAUGGUGAGCCCUUUCCAAUGCUUUAUCUUCUUCCUCAUUCUGAUAAUUAGGACAUUGAAGAUUGCCUUUUUUCCCAUCCUAUUACUGUAGGUAGGCCAAGAUAUUUGGUGUAGUUCCCCACGUGCUUCAUUCUCAGAAUACGGGCCAAUUCAUUUAUUUUUUCCAUUAUCACACUUGGAUUGAAUAUCAGCUCUAGCUUUUGCACAUUCACCAUCUGUCCUGAUUCUGCCUCAUAAACCUGUAAGAUUUCCUUUAGUUGAUGACACUCCUGGGGUGUGGAUCUCAAAAAGAAAAUGUCAUCAUCUGCAAAUAGUAGAUGAGAGAUCUUAGGACCACGGUUCGAGACUUUCAUUCCAUGCAAUUUCCCUUCUUCCACCGCUUUUGAAGUUAAAGCAGCUAAACCCUCUACGCAUAGGAGAAACAUAUAAGGGGAAAUUGUAUCACCUUGUCUGAGGCCCCUCUCCGGUUUAAAUAUUUCAGACUGAUGACCGUUCACUAGAAUAGGAUAGGAAACGGUAGUGAUGCAUUACAUUAUAAUUUGCACCCAUCUGUCAGCAAAGUCCAUCUUUCUCAUUAUCGCCUCUAGGAAGCUCCAUUCUACUCUAUCAUAAGCUUUCGAUAUAUCAAGCUUUGCUGCCAUCAGCCCCUUCUUAGCUUUCCUCUUCUGCUUCAUAGCAUGGAAGCACUCAAAACUAAUUAGGACAUUAUCUGUUAUGAAUAUACACGACACAAAAGCGCUCUGCUACUCCCCAACAACUUGAUCAAGGACCCCUUUCAAUCUAUUAGCCAACACCUUAGACAUUAUCUAUAUAGGACCUUGCAUAGGCUAAUCGGCCUGAACUCUAGGGGUGUGACUGGGUUCUUUGUCUUUGGUAUUAGGGCUAUUAGAGUGUGGUUUAGUUGAUGUAGGAAUUCCCCAGCUCUAAAUAGCCUCCUAACUCCUCCUUCACUGCCUGCCCUACCACUCCCCAAUGCUUUUGGAAGAACCUGGCUGGGAUUCCAUCAGCUCCAAGGGCUUUAUUCGGAACCAUCUGUUUCAGAGCUAGCCAGAUCUCUUCAUCUGAGAGCGGUUUAAGAAGCUCUUGGUUCAUCUCAUUCGUAACCUUGUUUUAACAGCUGGCAUAAUUCUGCUCCAAACUGGCAUGUUUCCUGCUUUAAAUAUCCUCUUCAUAUAAUCCAACAAGCAGUUUGUAACCCCAUGUUGCCCCACAAAGAUUUGUCCCCUUUCAUCUUGCAAUUUUUUUAUAGUGUUUCGUCUUCUUCUUUUAGAUGCCUUGCGAUGAAAGUACCAUGUAUUCUGAUCUCCCUCCUUUAGCCAGUCAGCUCUAGAGUCUAGAUCAUUGUAUUCUGAUUCUCUCCUUUAGCGAGCCGCAAGUUGUGGUUGUCCAAGCCUUCAAUUUUGUCUCCACCCACUUUAAGCGAUCCAUUAGGCUCCCUCCUCCUGCUCCCAUCCACCCUUCCUCUAUUACUUUUCCACAAUCCUCAUGCCUCUCCCAAUAAGGCUCACAACGGAAACUCCACCCCCAAGUAAUCUCCUCUUCUUCCAGGUUAAGUUUUACAUGUAUUGGUAUGUGAUCAGAACCACAUCUCUCCAGAUGAUACACUCGCAUGUUUGGGUAUUGUAACAUCCCUACCCUCGUACUAAUUAUUACGUUAUAAUUACGUGGUUGUGAUUGGGUUACAAAAAUUGGUCUUUUGAACCGAAAAGUAAGUGAAUAGUUGAGUUUUGGACUUAACUGUCAGGAAAGGAAAGUUGGGGAACCUAAGUGUAAGAUAUGGAUGGUUGGAGGAUUGAAGGGGGAUUUUGGGGAGAUAAAAAUCUGCCCCAUCCCUCUUAUCUCAUUGUAUUCUCAUCUCUUCCCCUCACUCUCUCCCACGUCUCUCUCUCCCUUGCUCUCUUUCUUCCACCUGGUUUCACCACCCCAAAAACCACCAUCCCUUUUCAGAAACAAGUAGUAGAUAGAUAGAGAGAAAAGGAUAUCAAGGAAAGAAAGAAGAGGGGAAACAAGGGGUGCUGCCAAUUUUCGUCCAGCAGCAGGACAGCUUGUGGGAAGGACGAUUCUGGACACUUGAGCCGUUGGAUCGUUUUGAUAUUUAGAGAUUUUGUUUCAUAUGUCCUUUUCUACGAUUGGACCGUUCGGAUCAUUGUUAUGAUCUCUGGUUAAUCUAGGAACGUCGCUGGACAGAAGGGGUGAGACAUUGCUUUCCUGUAGCAGGACAGCAGAUUAGAGGUAAGAUCUUGUACGAAGUAGCCGUUGGAUCUUUCUAUAAAUUUGGUGUAAUGUUAAGUAUAUAAGUUUCUUUGAGUUGACCUUUCGGAUCUUAGUUUUGAGUUCGAAGUGGUCAGGAACAAUUGUUAGAAGUAGGGGAGUUGGAUUGAAGUGAGAAGAAAGUAGCUGACAGUUUCGAAACGUCAAUUUAAAAUGAUUUCUGGGCUCAAAAUACUGACCCAAAUGGUCUGAAAUUUGGAUAUGUUGUAUCCCUAUGAAUCUAGUUUCAGUAGCAAUAAGAAUCAAUUGAUUUGGUUAAGUAUCAAGGGAGAAAUGACCGAAAUGAUGAAGCAGGGUAAGUGUACGGUUGUAUGACUUCCCUAGUGGCCUUAUCGACAUGCAUGAAUACAACCACGAUUAUGAUGAUUGUAUACGUGUCUUGGUGCUUGAAUAAUCUGGAAAAUUUGUAUAUAAAGGUAAGGAGCAAGCCGGGGGCUCAUCCAAAGGCAAGGGCAUAGCCUAGUGAAGAUAAAACAGUGAGUAGAUUCUAGUCUUAGAUCUACUUCAACAUAAUCACAGUAUUCGGGUCAUGAAGCGGCCCGAAUACAUAUCGGGGUCAUGAGGAGGCUCCGGUAUAAUAUGGGAAUUUAUGGGAAAUGAUAUGGCUAUGUGAUAUGGCGUAUUAGUGUUUAUUCCUAUGGCUAUUGUGAUAUGACUUAUUUGUGUUUAUUCAUUAUCUGCAUUUGGUAUGAAGUUGGAAAUGCAUGAAUUGUGAAUGGGAUAUGGAAAGACAUUUUGUUGAUUUAUUGGGUGGAUUAUGAGUAAGUAUUCGAACUUGCGAACCCGUCUUGUCUGUUUAGAUUUGGGGUAAGCCAUUAGGCUUACUAAUCCUGUUUUGCUUGAAUAACUCGGAGUCAGCUCCUCAACUUACAUUCCAUUCUGUGGUUACUGAGGGUGCAAAAGCACUAUGAAUGCUUUUGAGCCUAUAGUGUCUAAGUGAACUAUUAAUGAAAAGAGGUGAAUACAUAAGAAUAAGUAAAAAGGCUUUAUGAUACCUCGGUACAGUAGUGUGUCCUGUUUGUAUCGAUGUGGGUAAACCCCACGAUACUCCUGUUUGAGCGCUCGUGCUCCGCACCGUGCCGAUUGGGUGACGACCCACGGUACUCCUGUUCUGUUCAGUUAGCCGGGCUGGGGUAAUCCCGUGGCGACUCCUGUUUUUUGUAUCGGUCCGGGUUGUGUCCCGCGAUACUCCUGUUGGUGCGAGCACUCCUGUUUCGUGCCUUGUGCACUCCUGUUUAUAUCGGACUGGGUUUUGUCCCGCGGUACUCCAGUUAUCUGAUGGCUGUACAUGGUUAUCCUGCAGCCUUCCACUACUGUACUACCCGAGGAGUAUAUCAUUUAGCAAGUCUGAAAGUGAAAUUGUAUAAGCAAAAUGCCUCUAUCUGUCAUCUGUUUAUGUAUUUUGACUGUGGAAUGUGAGCAUGUGAACUGGAUUGAUUCAGUAAAAUGACAAGUGGGAUAAACCGCUUAAGUCCUGUUAUGUGCUAGGGUGUUUCUGCCCGAUACUGUUUUUGUAUUGAUGCCGAUCUGAGCUUAGAAUUUAUUCACUGAGCGACGACUCAUCCUUCGUCAUCAUUUUUCCUCAGAUCAAGAUCAGAAGUAAGGUCUCUACUGUAGAUAUCGGGACUCAAGUUUGAAGGGAAGCCAUGAGGUGGGCGGAGGACUCCGAACUCCUUGAAUGUUUUAUGUUGUGUGGAUUUUGUAAUAAAGCAGACUUCCCCGGUUUUCUGUUUCAACUCUAUUGAAAAUGUAAAUUAUAGUUUGAAGUUUGAAAAAAAUACAUAUAUAAAGCUCGGGCCCGAGAAUGUUUAAACUCGAUGUAUUUUACUGUUUCGUUUUGUAAUAUAAAGUAAGGGUGUUA